AACAAACUUUCCGGCGCAUCGGACCGGGGAAGAAAUGGGCAUGAAAGAAACCGACCCGCUUUCGCAGCUGAGUCUGCCGCCCGGUUUCCGGUUCUACCCGACCGACGAGGAGCUUCUUGUUCAGUACCUCUGCCGGAAGAUCGCCGGCCAAGAUUUCUCGUUGCAGAUCAUCGGGGAAAUCGAUCUGUACAAGUUCGACCCGUGGGUUCUUCCCAGCAAGGCGAUUUUCGGGGAGAAGGAAUGGUACUUCUUCAGCCCGAGAGACCGGAAGUACCCGAACGGGUCCAGACCAAACCGGGUGGCAGGUUCCGGGUACUGGAAGGCGACCGGAACCGACAAGGUGAUCUCCACCCAAGGGAGGAAAGUUGGGAUCAAGAAAGCUCUGGUUUUCUAUGUGGGUAAAGCUCCAAAAGGAACCAAAACCAAUUGGAUCAUGCAUGAGUACAGGCUCUGUGAUGCUCCAAGGAAAGCUGGCAGUUCUCGGCUAGAUGAUUGGGUGCUUUGCCGGAUAUACAAGAAAUUGACGAGCGCAGAGAAAGUGGCGGCCGGCGGGCAGAGCAAAGAACAGAGCCACCCGUCACCGUCAUCUUCGUCAUCACAGCUGGACGACAUGCUGGAGUCGCUGCCGGAGAUCGACGACCGGUACUUCGCGCUGCCGAGGAUGGGCUCUCUGAUCAAGCAGGAAGAGAGGCUGAAUCUGCAAGAUUUGGGCGCCGGAAACUUCGACUGGGCGUGCAUGAACCCGCUCUCCGAUUUGGGCCAGGGCACCUCCGCCGCCGCCGGGCAGGCGCCGGCCGGGAACGACGUGGGUUUUCAAAAUGACGUUUACGCCCUUGCGGGGAUGAAUUUCCAGGCCGCGGCGGACGAGGAAGUGCAGAGUGGGAUCAAGCGGCAGAGGGUCGACGGUUCGGGUUUCUUCCAACAAACUUUCCCGGCGAGGUUCUCCGGCACGCCCGACCCGUUUGGAAUCCGGUACCCGAACCCGAACCCGUCGACGGGCAUGGGUUUCAUCAGGCAGUAAAUAUCGGAAAAAACGGGUAUGGUGAGGGGGUGGUUGUAUUUACUUUUUGGACCAGAGAGAGGGGUAGGUGGGAAGUUUUAUUCACAUGUACAUAUUAGACAAAGUGUACCGGUUCGAUGUUUGAAAAUGUUGUGGGUCCAGCCCAUUUUAUUUGGGUUCCAUUUUUCUUUGGUGGAGGGCCCAAUUGUGUUUUUACUUUGUUGACUAAAAAAAAAGGAGAGUAAAAAAAGGGCUGGGCAGUAGAGGACUUACGGACAGAGCAGAAAAAAAAAAAUCAGAAUUGAGAGAGGAAAGGUGUUGGUGCAGAAUUUACAGACCAGCCGCACAAAUUCGAUCAUCGCCGGAGAUCCAGCCGUUGGAUUGAGCUGAAAUUUUCAGAGGUUGUUCCCAACACUUAGGGCUUCAAUCUGUUCAAUUUUCACGUCAAUCGGAUCUACGGAUCUUCUGUAAUCGCAGCUGGUGCGACGCUGCGUUUUUGGGUGAUAAUCCUGAUUUUCCUUCUCUAUUGUUGAUGCCUCUUAUGUAUGUUGUUGUUGGUGGGCUGUGACAUCCUUGUAGACUGAGUUUGGGUGUUUUUACCCUCAAUUUGCAUAAUAAGAGAAGAAGAGGGCGGACUCCCUAUAAGUCCCGUGGUUUUUAUCCUUCACAUCGAAGGGGUUUUCCACGUAUAAAAAUCGUGUGUCGUU